UUAUUCUCUCGGCCAGUAGCGCUUUUCUGUGGAGGCGGCGUGCGUGUGCAGGACGGAAAAACAUGGCAGACUUGGUGGCUCUUUUUACUUCCAUAGGGCUCAGUGAGCAGAAAGCGAAGGAGACAUUAAAGAAUGAGCAGCUCAGCUCGGCUCUCAGAGACGCCGUUAUACAGGCGCAGAACCUGUUGGGAUCCAAAGAAGUGGACAAAUCCAUAGGGAACCUGCUGUACAGUAUGGCAUCUCGUCUCCGAGACCUUCGCCGCUUGACUUAUUUGACUAAUUAUAUUACUAAACGGAAGAUCACCACAGACCUGCAGUUGUCAUCUGCAUUAGAGUUUGUGAAGAACCACCCUGAGGAUCCUUUGGACCAGAAGGCAUUUGAAACUGCCUGUGGUGUGGGAAUUGUUGUAACACCAGAGCAGAUUGAGGAUGCGGUUGAGCUAAUUAUCAGAGCACACAAGGAGCAGCUGUUGGCUGAGCGAUAUCGCUUCAACAUGGGGACCCUGAUUAGUGAAGUCAGAGCUGGUCUCAAAUGGGCAGAUGGGAAAAUCCUAAAGAAUGAAGUAGACAUGCAGGUCUUGCACCUCCUGGGUCCUAAAACCGCAGCAGACUUGGAGAAAAAACCCAAGGCAGCAAAAGCCAAACCAGCAGAGAAGGAGGAAGAGAAGGUUGAGGCUGUGAAUGAUGUUAAGGUGGAGGGCAAAUCUCUGAUGGAGCAACUGAGAGGAGAAGCACUCAAGUUCCAUAAACCAGGUGAGAAUUACAAGACUGAAGGUUAUGUUGUAACACCAAACACCAUGGACCUUUUGAAACAGCACCUGGAAAUCACUGGAGGACAGGUACGGACUCGGUUCCCCCCUGAACCCAAUGGCAUCCUGCACAUUGGCCACGCCAAGGCUAUUAACUUCAAUUUUGGAUAUGCUAAGGCCAAUGAUGGCAUCUGCUUCCUCCGCUAUGACGACACAAACCCAGAGAAAGAGGAGGAGAAAUAUUUCACUGCAAUUAAAGACAUGGUGGAGUGGCUGGGCUACAAGCCCUAUGCAAUUACUCAUGCCUCUGACAACUUCCAGAAGCUGUACGACCUCGCUGUGGAUCUUAUUCGCAGGGGCCAUGCGUACGUGUGCCACCAGCGCAGCGAGGAGCUGAAGGGCCACAAUGUGCCACUCUCACCUUGGAGGGAUCGUCCAGUGGAGGAGUCCAUUGUUCUGUUCGAGAGAAUGAAGAAGGGAAUGUUUGCAGAGGGUGAAGCCACGCUGCGUAUGAAAAUGGUCAUGGAGGACGGCAAGAUGGACCCAGUGGCUUACCGCAUCAAAUACACGCCUCACCACAGAACAGGAGACACCUGGUGUAUUUAUCCUACAUAUGACUACACUCAUUGCUUGUGUGACUCAAUCGAACACAUCACACACUCUUUGUGCACCAAAGAGUUUCAGGCCAGACGUUCGUCAUAUUUCUGGCUGUGCAACGCUCUGGACGUUUACUGCCCUGUGCAGUGGGAGUAUGGCAGACUCAACCUUACCUACACGGUCGUCUCCAAGAGGAAGAUUAUCAAGCUGGUGGAGACAGGGGCUGUCAGAGACUGGGACGACCCACGCCUCUUCACCCUCACUGCGCUCAGAAGACGUGGGUUCCCCCCCGAGGCCAUCAACAACUUCUGUGCCCGUGUGGGUGUGACUGUUGCCCAGACAACCACAGAGCCCCACAUGUUGGAGUCAUGUGUGAGGGAUGUACUUAAUGAAACGGCACCAAGAACCAUGGCUGUUCUGGAACCUCUCAAAGUGACCAUCUCCAAUCUGCCUACUAAUGCACAGACUGAGAUACGUAUUCCAGACUUCCCUGCGGAUGAGAGUAAGGGUAGCCAUGUGGUUCCUUUCUCCAAAACAAUUUUUAUAGAGCAGAGUGACUUCAGAGAGGUCAUGGAGAAGGGCUAUAAGCGUCUAACUCCCGAACAGCCAGUAGGUCUGAGACAUGCCGGCUAUGUCAUCUCUGUGCAGCGUGUCAUCAAGGAUGGCAGUGGUAAAGUGGUGGAGCUGGAGGUGACAUGUUCCAGCUCAGACUCUGUUGAGAAGCCCAAAGCCUUCAUCCACUGGGUCAGCGACCCCCUGCAGUGCGAAGUGCGCCUCUAUGAACGCCUCUUCCUCCAUAAAAACCCUGAGGACACAUCUGAAGUGCCUAAUGGAUUUCUGAGUGACAUCAAUCCAAAUUCCCUAAAAGUGAUUAAAAGUGCCUUAAUUGACCGGUCAGUGAGCAAGGCCAAAGUCUUUGAUAAAUUCCAGUUUGAGAGAGUGGGUUAUUUCUCCCUGGACCCAGAUACCACAGCUGAUAAGCUGAUUUUUAACAGGACGGUUACACUCAAGGAGGAUCCUGGAAAAAUCUGAGUGCUGUGUGCUGAGCCCAGGAGGAAAAUGCACCGGUUUUAUGUCUGCUGGACUACGCCAUUGUGCAGAAGGAGCAUAUAAUGUAUAUGAAUUGUAUCAGUAAUGUUUAAAAGGUUACAAGUAAAAAAGAUCCAUGCUGGUGCAGAGCAGUGUUGUUAUUAACAUAUGCAAUGUUCUUGUGUCUCAUUCUGAACUCCUUUCAUAUGUCUGGCCUUUAAAACUUUUGGAAUAAACCAUAUUUAAGUAAAAAAAA